CGUGUAGGGGCGUCCUACAUUGUUAACGAACACUACAAGAAUAGCACAUAUUGACUCUUUGCUGCACAAUGAAAAUACUGAAGCUCACAAAUGAAGGGUAUAAACAAAGUUUAUGUGCUCUAGAAUAUUACUGCAAACCUCGUUGAAAGGUUAUUUUAAUUAACCUCAGUUCCAAAGAAUGUACGAAGUUUGUUCCUGAUCCACAAGCAACAUACACGAGGUUUAGAUUUUUUAGUCAGAUUUUAGUUUUAUUAUUGUGCCUGACUCUGUGUAGAAGUUAUUGUGGUGAACAGCAAGAAGAACAGUAUCAAGACAUGCAAACACAGUAUCGAGGACCAGAUACGUAUCAUAGUUUUGAUGAAGGGAUUGCUACCAAGAAGCAAAGCUCGGACUUAAGUUGUCAACUGAAAUUUACGCGAGCUUGGAAUGCCUUCGGUCGUGCGGUAUUCCUCGGAGAACCCAUUGCCAAACGUGCACCUACUGAGUAUGUACGAAUUUCAAAUGAAGACAAGCUGGAGGAUAUUUUAACCCUCAUGUUGAUGCACUGGAAGCUUAUGGUGCCAGCCAAACCGGGUUUAUGCAUCUCUCUGACAGGUUCCAAGGACAAUAUUUUGGUCGAGGAACGUAAGAAGCACAUUUUCCUCACGGGUCUUAUCCAAGCCACGCAAGCAACCAAUGCCUGGAUCCUGACAUGUGGUCUCAAUGCUGGAAUCGUGAAUUUAAUUGAUGAAGCAUUGCACCAUGGACAAUUCCACAAUUUCAACAGACAAACUGUAUUCAACCCAAUACGCUGCAUCGGAAUUGCACCUUGGGGCUGCGUGCCGAAUCGAGAUCAGCUACUCUGCAAUAGUUACAAAGCUCCCGUCCGAUACAACUUCACGACCAUGAGCAGCGAUGAUCAACCAGUCUGGUUCCAUCCCUUACAUACUCACUGCAUAUUUGUGGAUGAUGGUCAAAGCAAUCAUUAUGAUCACACAGAAAUCGCCAGCUUCCUAUCGCGCUUAUCUGAAAGGAUGGCUACACCUGUACGAGGUAAGUUACCGAUGAACAACGAACAAUGA